AGUGUCUCGGCGCAGCCCAGCCGAGCGCCGCGCGCCGUCAACUGCAGCCCGCGGUCCUUCACCUCCGCUCGCCCGCCCCGCGGCCCCGCUGCCCGAAACUCCCGAAAACCUCCGCAGCCGCGCGUCCCUCCGCGCCCGGUCUAAUUAAUAGAAGAUGGCAAAGCCCAGUCACAGCAGCUAUGUCCUUCAGCAGCUAAACAACCAAAGAGAAUGGGGUUUUCUCUGUGACUGCUGUAUUGCUAUUGACGACAUUUACUUCCAAGCACACAAAGCAGUCUUAGCUGCCUGUAGCUCCUAUUUUAGAAUGUUUUUCAUGAACCAUCAACAUAGUACUGCACAACUGAAUCUCAGCAACAUGAAAAUAAGUGCUGAGUGUUUUGAUCUCAUUUUGCAGUUCAUGUAUCUGGGGAAGAUCAUGACUGCUCCUUCCAGUUUCGAGCAGUUUAAAGUGGCAAUGAACUACCUACAGCUCUACAAUGUUCCUGACUGCUUAGAAGAUAUACAGGAUGCAGACUGUUCUAGUUCAAAAUGUUCGUCGUCUGCUUCCAGCAAACAGAACAGCAAGAUGAUUUUUGGGGUAAGAAUGUAUGAAGACACAGUGGCUAGAAAUGGCAGUGAAGCCAACCGGUGGUGUGCAGAGCCCAGUUCAACGGUGAAUACCCCACACAAUAGAGAGCCUGAUGAAGAAUCUUUACAGUUAGCUAAUUUUCCUGAGCCACUAUUCGAUGUGUGCAAAAAAAGCUCUGUGUCCAAAUUAUCUGCUCCAAAAGAACGUGUGUCACGACGCUUUGGACGGAGUUUUACCUGUGAUAGUUGUGGAUUUGGCUUCAGCUGUGAAAAAUUACUAGAUGAACAUGUGCUGACCUGCACUAACCGACAUUCAUACCAAAACACAGCAAGAGCUUACCACCGGAUAGUAGAUAUUAGAGAUGGAAAAGAUAGUAACAUCAAAGCUGAGCUUGGUGAAAAGGAUUCUUCCAAAACAUUUUCUGCACAGACAGACAAAUACAGAGAAGACGCCAGCCAGGCGCCUGGUGAUUCAGCUUUGACCACUGCAAACAGAAAAAGCACAGUAGAGUCUGGAAUGGCUGGUGAAGAAAAAAGUAGAGCUGCUGAGACGAAAAGAAUUAUUAUCAAGAUGGAACCAGAAGAUAUUCCUACAGAUGAGAUGAAAGACUUCAACAUUAUUAAAGUUACUGAUAAAGACUGCAACGAGUCCACUGACAAUGAUGAAUUAGAAGAUGAACCUGAAGAGCCAUUUUACAGAUACUAUGUUGAGGAAGAUGUCGGCAUUAAAAAGAGUGGUAGGAAGACCCUAAAACCUCGGAUGUCUGUAAGUGUGGAUGAAAGAAGUGGUUUAGAAAGCAUGAGACCCCCUAACAAUAGCAGUCCAAUCCAGGAGGAUGCUGAAAAUGCGUCUUGUGAGCUGUGUGGGCUCACGAUAACUGAGGAGGACCUGUCUUCUCAUUACUUAGCCAAACACAUUGAAAAUAUCUGUGCAUGUGGUAAAUGUGGACAGAUACUUGUCAAGGGCAGACAGCUUCAGGAACACGCUCAGAGAUGUGGAGAACCUCAGGAUCUGACGAUGAAUGGGCUGGGAAAUGCUGACGAGAAAAUGGACAUGGAGGAGAACCCUGAUGAGCAGUCUGAGAUAAGGGACAUGUUUGUUGAAAUGCUAGAUGAUUUCAGGGACAAUCAUUACCAAAUAAACAGUAUCCAGAAAAAGCAGUUAUUUAAACAUUCUGCCUGUCCUUUUCGGUGUCCCAAUUGUGGCCAGCGUUUUGAAACUGAAAAUUUAGUGGUGGAACAUAUGUCUAGCUGCCUAGACCAGGAUAUGUUUAAGAGUGCCAUCAUGGAAGAAAAUGAAAGAGAUCACAGACGGAAACAUUUUUGUAACCUGUGCGGAAAAGGCUUUUAUCAGCGGUGUCAUUUGAGAGAGCACUAUACUGUUCAUACUAAGGAAAAGCAGUUUGUUUGUCAGACAUGUGGAAAGCAGUUUUUAAGAGAGCGCCAGUUGCGUCUGCACAAUGAUAUGCACAAAGGCAUGGCCAGUGGUGAAAUAGGGCCUUCUAAGCCUCUGGAGAAGUGACAGAUGUGGCUCUGGAGAGGACAAGGGGAAGAAUCAUUCUUCAACAGAUAAUCUUUAAGUGCAGACCCAGGAAAUCAGAUCUGACGUGGCACCAUCUUUUCUGUCUUCCUGACAAACGCCGUCAGCCCCAAAGUUCCAGUUGCAAAAAGCCAAGAAAACUCAAUAAAGAUCACUUUGGAAUCACUUUGUUGUAACAAAAUUGAUUCAGUGACUUCUCCUAGUACUUACGGAAAAUCUAAGGAAAAGUGACUGUAAAAGUCAUGUGACUUCAGUGAUUAAGUUUAUGCCAUGUAUCUUCACAGUUCCCUUCUAGAAUAAAGGGCUUGCUAGGCAUUGUAAAUGCACUAUAAAGGGAGAUAAUUACAUAUUUCCAUAAACACAUCAUUCUAAACUCAAAACAGAAUUAUAACAUAUUGUGAAAUGUAGUUAAGCAAUUUAAAAGAAUAUUAACAAUAUCUGUAGCAUGUAAGUAAAAAGAAAUGGCAUAGAAAAGGAAAAUCUAAGACCAAAUCUUUAACAAGAUAAUGUAGCUAUUAGGGAAAUGUAACACUAGCUUCCUUUCUCGCUGUGUACCAGUCACAUGCUUGCUUAUGAAUAUGAGCGAAGCUUCUUUCAAAGUCUCCUGAACAGAAGAACAUUAUUCAGUAGGGGUAGAUUCCCACAAACCAUGCACUAUUUUCUCCUGAACUUAGCAAUAUGGUCCCAUAAUAUAGAAUGAAUUUUUGUUAUUCUCAGAACUAAUGUAUAGUGUCAAGCUCAGCUUCAAAUUUCAAAAUAAAAUGGAACACUAAAUAAACUGAUAAUGUCUGUAUAAAACUUUUCCUGAGGUAAAAUUUAGUGAUGUUUGAAUCUGGUUAUGACUACAAAUGCUUUUGCUACACAUACAGUCCUUAACCAUAUGAAUCUUAUGACCGUAUUAUUUCCUGAUUUGUAAAUAUACUUUUUUUACUUUUUGUUAACGAUGUGACUAAUUCCUUAUUGCUGCUUCAUGUGUGUGUGUGAUUUCAAAUGUUUAAAUGCUUACUUUGUUUUUAUGCAAAAUUCUUGCAAGUAUUUUAAUAAAUUACACAAAGAAAUCUGUCCUAAGGAAUGAAAAGUGUAGGUGUUGCACACCUUUAAUCCCAGUACUUGGAAAACAGAGGCAGGCUGAUCUCUGUGAGUUCAUGUUCCAGGCUAGCCAAGGCUAUCUAAUGAGACCUUGCCUAAAAAGAAUUUAAUUAAAAAUAGAAAUCCUCACUUUGAGGUAGUAAUAACUUGAAUCUCAUUCUGUAAUGGAGAUAGAGGUGGAAAGAGAAAAAGAACUCUUAUCAGAGUUCAGAUUAGAUGAGGCAUGCUGAUGGAUGCAUGCAAUCCUAGCUUUUGGGAGACAGAGGUGAGAGGAUCAAGGAAAAUUCAAGGCCAGCCUUGGCUAUAGAGUGAAUCAAAGCCAGCCUGGGCUACAUGAGACCCUAUUGCAAAUAAACAGACAAAAAUAUUCCAAAUAUAUGACUGUUUUAAGACAAAAAGUCUAGACAAGUGUUAAGAUUUGAAACACCAUCAGAGUAAUCUCUUUGGGGAACAUAAGCAUAGAGACUGCAGGCUUCUUAAAAUACAUAGAAAAUUUUUUUAAAUCCCAAUAACUAAAGAAACCAGAUCAAGAUAGAAAAGACUAUGACUAAGUUUUUAUUGCACUAGAUUUACUAAAGAAAAUGGUUUGAAUGUUGACUGUAUUAAAUGCAAGUGUAAUGAAAUACAUAAAUGGCAUAAGCACAUACUAUAAUGUGAUUAUUUUCUGUAAUUAUUUUAAGUGGAAUUUUUGGAUUACAAACAGUAUUUUUGUUACAUUUUGAAACCCAUUGCUUUUACCUAAUAAAAUUUCCUCCUCUA